GAUGCAUAUAUGUAUCCAAUAUUGGGACCAACUCUAUUUCCAAUUCCCUCCCAACCCAUCAUCAUUUAUCUCUCUCACACAAACAAUCAUCUUUUUCUGUAAAACAAUGGUGGGUUCCAUGGCGGUUCUUGGCAGAGCUCCGCCUCUUCCACCGUCAACCACCACCAGGUAUUCCGGCAAUAAUGUCUGCCUUCUUCACCAUCACCCCCAUUUCAGAAACCCAUUAAAAAGAUCAAAUUUUUACACUUCAAAACUCUCUUACACUUCAAUAAAUCCCUCAUUUGAAGCGAAACGAUACCGUUUUAGACCAAACCCUUGUCUUGAUUCUGAUAUCCCAAACCCACUUCACCAAGAUAACAAUGAUCAAAAUGAGGUAUGUAGGAAGAAUUUGCAGCAAUGGGAUUCCUUGACUGCAAAAUUUGCUGGAGCUGCAAAUGUUCCUUUUUUGUUGCUUCAGUUGCCUCAGAUUGUGCUUAAUGCUCGGAAUCUUUUGGCCGGAAAUAAUGCUGCCCUUUUCGCUGUUCCGUGGCUGGGAAUGUUUACUGGACUUCUUGGAAAUCUUUCGCUGCUAUCUUAUUUUGCGAAAAAAGGAGAGACUGAAGCAAUGGUGGUUCAGACUUUGGGAGUUGUAUCAACAUAUGCAGUUAUUGUUCAGCUUGCCAUGGCUGGAUCCAUGCCAGUGCCACAGUUUACUGCCACAUCUGUGGUGGUUGCUUGUGGUCUGCUUAUUAAUUUCUUGAAUUAUUUUAAGUUGCUCAAUCACAAUAUCUGGAACAUUUGGGAGGAUUUCAUUACUGUUGCUGGCCUCUCUGCACUUCCACAAGUUAUGUGGUCAACCUUUGUACCUUAUGUUCCAAACAGCAUCUUGCCUGGAAUAAUUUCGUUUUUGAUAGCUGUGGUGGCUGUCGUCAUGGCUCGAAUUGGCAAACUUCCUGAACAGGCCACCAAUUUUGUUAGAUCGUUAUCUGGAUGGACGGCUACACUUCUCUUCAUGUGGAUGCCUGUGGCACAAAUGUGGACGAAUUUCUUAAAUCCUGAAAAUAUCAGAGGUUUGUCAUCUUUCUCAAUGCUGCUCGCCAUGACUGGAAACGGACUCUUGAUUCCUCGUGCACUCUUUGUCAAGGAUCUCAUGUGGUUCACUGGUUCAUGUUGGGCAUCUUUCUUCUAUGGUUGGGGAAACCUUAUAUGCAUGUACCUAUGUGAAAGUAUCAGCAAGGAGUUCUUCGCGGCUGCAACGGUUGCCUUGUUUCUUUGGAUAGGGUUUGCGCUAUGGAGUGACAGUAAGGCGUAUGGACAUGGUUCACCACUGACUUCUUUAAAGGUGUUGUUAUUAGGAUCUUAGAACAUUUGCAGUAGAAUUAUGUGCUCAAAAAUCUUGCGUGGAAAUGCUCAGAAAGUUGGGUACUUUAUUGCCAUGACAUCAAAUGGCAUAACACGCACCUCUCUAUGGUUUAUAGAGAUGGCAAUUGGCCUAGCCGAUCCACAAGCUCAAAUUUAUGCAUCAGGUCUUCGAAGAGGAAGUAUAGUGUAGAGUGUAGACAAACAUUGGUUCAAAUAACGAUUAUAUAUAGUAUCAUUACAAUGUGUAAAGUCGCUAAGUUUUAUAUGGGUGUGUAGGUAGGUUAGGUUGCUAGUGCCCUAAUUGUAAACAUGUUACUUUUUACAAUGAAAUGUGUCUAGUUUCAGUUA